GUGGGCAAAGAGCACACAGCGAGUGGUGUCAGCACAGCAGCGGCUCCGGCAGAGGGAGGAAUCAAGAGGGAUACGCGUAGGACUACUGUGUGCUAUCAUUCGGCUUUCGGGAAUACUUUUAUUUUCCUCUCAGAAGUUGGAAUGGCUGCUAACCACGAUAUGAAACGAGUUGUACGGCAGAGCAAAUUCCGUCACGUCUUUGGCCAGGCGGCAAAAAAUGACCAAUGCUACGAUGAUAUCCGGGUGUCACGGGUCACAUGGGACAGCUCCUUCUGUGCAGUCAACCCCAAGUUUGUUGCCUUAAUUAUUGAGGCCAGUGGUGGGGGAGCUUUCCUCGUUCUUCCUCUUCAAAAGACGGGACGCAUUGACAAAUCCUACCCCACAGUGUGUGGUCACACCGGCCCGGUGUUAGACAUAGACUGGUGCCCCCACAAUGAUCACGUCAUCGCCAGCGGCUCUGAGGACUGCACCGUGAUGGUUUGGCAGAUCCCUGAGAAUGGCCUUGUGACUUCAAUGGCUGAGCCAGUGGUGGUGCUGGAGGGCCACUCCAAGCGCGUUGGCAUCAUCACAUGGCACCCAACGGCACGCAACGUCCUUCUUAGUGCUGGUUGUGACAACCAGAUCGUCAUCUGGAACGUGGGCACAGGAGAGGCGAUGAUCACCCUGGAGGACAUGCACCCAGAUGUCAUUUACAACGUGACCUGGAACCGCAACGGUAGCCUUAUCUGCACCGCCUGCAAGGACAAGGCCAUCCGUGUCAUCGAUCCCCGCAAGGAGAUGAUCGUUGCUGAGAAGGAGAAGGCCCACGAGGGCGCUCGGCCCAUGAGAGCCAUUUUCCUGUCUAAUGGCAACGUCCUCACCACAGGGUUCAGUCGCAUGAGUGAGAGGCAGCUCGCCCUCUGGAACCCGGAUAAUAUGGAGGAGCCCAUGACCGUUAAUGAGAUGGACACCAGCAACGGAGUGCUCUUGCCCUUCUAUGACCCAGAUACUAACGUCGUUUACCUCUGUGGGAAGGGUGAUAGCAGCAUCCGUUACUUUGAAAUCACAGAUGAGGCUCCGUAUGUUCACUUUCUCAGCACCUUUGCCACCAAGGAGCCCCAGAGGGGCAUGGGCUACAUGCCCAAAAGGGGCCUUGAUGUCAAUAAGUGUGAAAUUGCAAGGUUCUAUAAACUUCAUGAAAGGAAGUGUGAGCCUAUCGUGAUGACUGUACCCAGAAAGUCGGACCUCUUCCAGGACGACUUGUACCCAGACACAUCUGGACCCGACCAUGCCCUGGAGGCUGAGGAGUGGUUUGAUGGCAAGAAUGGAGACCCGAUCCUCAUCUCCCUCAAGAACGGCUACGUCCCGGGCAAGAACCGUGAAUUCAAGGUGGUCAAAAAGAACAUUUUGGACACCAAGAAUACAGAGAACUCGACCCCUGCCAACAAGUCUGCCUCCCCGACUCCAUCAAUUAAAUCUGAGGCCAAGCUGGAGGAGAUCCUGAAAGAAAUCAAAUCUCUCAAGGACCUGGUGAGCAGUCAGGAGAAGCGAAUCAUCAAACUUGAAGAGCAAAUGUCCAAAAUUGCCAUUUAGGGACCCUUUCACCAACCCGCUACAAUUCAGGACGUUCCAUUGGCUGGGGGGUGGGCGGGAUCAGUCACUGCCUCUCAAUGACAGUGUUUCGUCUGAGGCCUGCCUAGCAACGAUCCCUAGCAACAUUCCAGUUGAACUUUUUCUUAGCCAGCCCCCGAUCCUCAGUUUAACACAGGUGGUGUAAGGACUUGUGGCAAAUUUAGUACAAAAUACUCUUUGCUUUUCGGUGACAAAGGACUCUCUAUUCCUUUUUAAUGUGUGGCAGUCUUUCUUUUUUUUUAUUUUGUCUACUUGUAUAAAAAAGGUCUUACAUAUUCCUUUUGCGUUUUAGAAAUAUGACCAAGAAAAUUCCGAUAUCAAUAGUAAGCGUUUGCCAUCGCAUACCCAAAUAUGUUUUAAGUCUGUCUGUGUUUCAUGUCACUAUACCCCAAAAUUAUAAUGUUGCCAAAUUUGACAUUUUGUUUACACCUCCUUAUCAGUAUUUUUUCUCUCUCUCUUUGUGGGACGAGUCAAAAUGCAAACGGGGACACCCAGUGCAGUAAACUGGUUAUGUAAGGCCAUCAUCAAUGAUUAACGAUGAAAUUAUAAUAAAAUGAAUGGUUAUGCUAGAAGGAUCUCAAACUCUGUAAUGAGGCGUAAAAAGGACCCAUUUAGCUGCCAUAGUCGACACCCAGACGUUACAUAAACGACAAUUCUUGCUGUCUGUGUUAGAGCUGCACAAACUAACUCCUGCUUUCGGCCAUUUCUUCUCAUUCCUGUUGCUUCCCGUCAUUCUGACUGUGGACAGUCGUGUACGAGAACAAGCAUUCCUCUCCUUCUUGCUUCAUUAACAACAUGCACCGUGUGCUUAUUGGAGAAAGUGACAAACACAUUCCACACAUCUCAUUGGCAGUUUUUGGUGUCGGGGGAAGGGAAUAGAUCCUUGUGUAAAGUUCUUCCUGUGAACACUACUGUAGUCACACGGGUCGAGGGUUAUUGGGACGUCUGUGCCCUGCCCAUGAAAAACAUUUCUAACCUUCGCUCUGCUUUGUUUCCGUGAGAGGUUCAGUCACCGACCCCAGUGUUCAGUCAAGUGUAGUGGGAUUAUUUCCCCUGAUGUUCCUUUGCAUUAUAUGCCAUCUCAGAUCCGUCACUUCUGUACAAACAAAAUGGGAAUUGACAUGAAAUUACACAUCAAUGGCAUAACUUGACUAUUUAAAACCUUCUGGUGAUACAACUGGAGAUUGCUACAGAAACUGUUCAUGAUGGACUUUAAAGGCCUCGAUUGUGUGUGAAUAUGUGCCUCGUGUUUUUGGUCUUUUUGGGUACCUGUCACUGUGGGUGUUCCUGCUUUGUUUCUUGUUGGUGGACGGGGAGGGUUAUGAAAAGGUAGAAUGUCCACGACUUGCCUCCAACCUGGAUGAAUUGAAUAGGUGGGUAUUGCUUCACUGUUCAUUUUAGCCUGUUUGUUGUUCCAGCUGUGCUUAAUUCCCUCUUAGCACUUCCACUUUUUUUUUUAAUGGUUUAUUUCUCAGAAGCUCCUGUUCAGUAUAGUUAUCACAAAACCAAGCAACUAUUGAAUUGUCCAGUCUGAGCGCUUUUCACCCGACAAGCUCCUCUUGAUGUUUUAGAUUUGUUUCUCAGUAAAAAGCUGAGAAGGGUAAAUAAAUGGUUCAGUCUGUUUGCCUUCAAUAUUUGUUACCACUGUAAAGACCUGAAAGUGCCAUAGAGGUGACAUGGAAGUGUUUGUAGGGGACUGUUGAGAGUAGGUUUGAGUAGUAAAUGGAAGAGUUGAUGGGUGCCCGGAUUCAAAACCACUUUGAGGUGCUAUGUUCAAAGGACCCUGCUCCUAAAGUCCUGUGUCAGCUGUUUGGGGAUGACAUCAUGAAGUCCUGCCAAUCCAUCCCACAAUACACCUGGCAGCAUUACUGGUCGAGGUUUGUUAGUAAGCAAGGUGCCCCUGACAUUUUGACACUUUCCACCUCGGUACGGGUAUUAAAAACAUCUUUUUAAAAUGAUGUCAAACCGAGAAGCUGUCCGCAGCCUUUUGAGUCAUCGUGGCUUUGAGAUGCAAUUUGAGCAGCGAGUCGUAGAAUAUUAGGAAAUUACAAGAGGGCUAUAGAAAUGUGUCCGACACAAAUUAUACUGCGCUAUCUGCCACUCUAUGGAUUCUUUAUAGCACUGUUGGCACGAGAGCGAAGUUUGAGGAGUAGUGAAUAGCGAUCCAAAGGGACACUGUAGGUUGGUGAGAUGUGCAGUUGAAAGAUAGAUGUAUGUUUGUUCUUUAGGCCUAGGAAACCGAGUGAAAGCUGUGUAAAUAACAUGACAAUACUUUUUUUUUUUUUUUUUUUGGUGGCUGUGCUGAAGAGGGUAUUUGUGUGGGAGGUGUGUUUUUUAAAUGUUUCUCUUUGUCUGUGUUCCCUGCACCUUGCCAUACUGCAUCAUGAGAAAAGCAGAGCCUCUGUUAAUGUCGGAGGUCGUACAAAUAUCAAGAAAGAAAAUCAGACCAAAAUGAACCAGAAUGAAGCCUCAUGUUGGAGGUCUGCUCAGCAUUUUUGUUCAUUAUUCUUGCUUCAAGCAUCAAACAUUGAUUAUAAGAAAAAAAUAAUAAAGACUUUUUAAAAUGG